ACAUGAUCACGUUGCCCGUCGUGUAUCUCUUAGCCCUUCAACUUUUGUUUGGGUGGACCGCCGGUGGACAAGUAAUCCCUGGAGAGCCCCCAGCCUUCCCCUCCACUGAUGAUCCUCGAGACCAGUUUGUGUUUGAGAGAGAUGCUGACAAUAUGCCAGUCUCUCUAGUCUUCACCUGUCCAGUGACUGGCUCUGAUCCUCUUACGAUAAACUGG